CCCAGGAAAGCAUUUAUACCGUCUGACGCGGCCGGCAACGGCACAGUAUUUUCUUAAACGGAAACGUGGUUUAACGUGAAUUCUUCUCACAGAGAUGAGAGUGGUUUUAUCGUGUACGUUUACACUUAGCGUUCGUUGAAAGUCGAGGAAAUUGUGUAUCCUACCCUAUUUAAACUAUCGCAUUUUAUCGUUCAUUGUCAGUGAAGUUUUCCAUAUUUCCAUCAUUUUUGGGAUAUCCUCACAGUCGUAAAAAGAUUCCAAUCCUUUCUUUGGCUCACUUAAUUUACUUACUUAAAUCUCAAAAUGUACUCGCGUAUCGAUGUGCAAAGAAGACCCGGAAUAUAGUAUAACACCAAAUUUCGUACUCGAUGCCAAUUGCUUCUCGUAUAUUUCAAACUAAGAAUAAACGAGACUCUAAUCGGGAUGGAUGAAAUUUGGAAAUAAAUUAGUUGUCACGUAGAUUAUUGGGCUGGACGUAGUUGGAAAAAUAAAAAUAAAUAAAAAACGACAACUUAAUUAUCAACGUUAAUUUUACUGUACGUUAUAUUCUUAUUUGCAAUAUAUAAUAUAUAAGUGCGCGCAGUGUUGGAUUCUGGACUCGGUGCAAUUACAAGGAAUAUGAAGGGGGGCGAAAGAUCUACGGAGGAUAGGGUUGGCGGGAGUAACGGAGGGUACGUCAACCAUGGCCUCAACGGUUCCAGGGGAAGCUUAGAUAUGGGGAAUUCCAACGGCAUCCGGGAAUCACGUCACGAGAUACAAGGCUCCUCGGAUUUCAUCUUGGUGGAAGAACAGAACGACUUGCAGGAGAAAAAAAGUCCCGAUGGCGUAUUCAAGACGUCUGUAACCUGGGCGAGGCGGAGGGCGCGUGCUGUAUGUACGAAAAAAAUGCUUUACAAAAGACUUCCAGUACUGAAAUGGCUGCCGAAUUACAACACACAAGACGCCCUUGGCGACCUGGUCGCUGGGGUCACGGUAGGAUUGACGGUCAUUCCUCAAUCCCUUGCCUAUUCCAACAUCGCAGGUCUUGCACCCCAGUAUGGACUCUACGGCAGCUUCUUGGGAUGCUUCAUUUACAUCAUAUUCGGUUCGUGCAAGGACAUUCCGUUCGGUCCAACGGCCAUCGUUUCACUUUUGACUUAUCAGACGGUGGCGCAUCUCGACUCGCCUUACCAGUACGCAAUUUUGCUGACCUUUUUGUCGGGCGUCAUUGAACUGCUGAUGGGAAUUUUCGGACUCGGAUUUCUCAUAGACUUUGUUUCGGGGCCGGUAAGUUCCGGUUUCACGUCCGCCGUUGCCCUGAUAAUAGUAUCGUCGCAGGUCAAAGAUCUACUGGGCAUAUCCGCGUCUGGAUCAACGUUCGUACAAAUGUGGAAAAGCAUCAGCGAGAACCUUACCGACACUUCGGCCUGGGACGCGACCCUCGGAGCCUCGUGCAUAGCUCUUCUUCUCAUUCUGAGGAUGGUGGCUUCUAUCAAAAUUGGGCCCGAAGAUGAAGAGCUCCGGACAACGAAGCACCGAGUUAUCAACAAGGUCAUGUGGCUCAUCGGCACCUCAAGGAACGCGCUUCUGGUCAUCAUCUGCGGAAUUCUGGGCUACAGUUUCACCGGAACUCCGCCAUUCCAGCUGACCGGAUACAUACCCGGCGGAAUGCCAACGCCACAGCUGCCGCCCUUCGGCUAUACAAAAGACGACAACACCACCGUAUCUUUCUUCGAAAUGUGCUCGAACCUGGGAAGCGGAAUUCUAGUCGUCCCGCUGAUCUCUCUGAUGGAGAACAUCGCUAUUUGCAAAGCUUUCGCAAACGGGAAAACCGUCGACGCAGGGCAAGAGCUGAUCGCCAUCGGUAUAAGUAACAUAGGAAACUCCUUCGUUCAGGCAUUCCCAAGUACAGGAUCGCUCAGCAGAAGUGCGGUGAACAAUGCAUCCGGAGUAAGAACACCGAUGGGUGGUCUUUACACAGGUCUACUGGUAAUCCUGGCGCUGUUGUUCCUCACCCCUUAUUUCAACUACAUCCCGAAAGCGAGCUUGGCCGCGAUUAUAAUUGCCGCUGUGAUCUUCAUGGUCGAAGUAAAGGUGGUUAGGCCGAUGUGGAGGGCGAAAAAGUCUGAUCUGAUACCAGGAAUAGCCACUUUCGUGGCCUGUCUGGUUCUCCAGGUGGAGAUUGGAAUCCUUUGCGGUAUCGGAAUCAACGUUCUAUUCAUACUUUAUCACGCUGCGCGGCCGAAGAUUUCCGUCGAAGAAUUGACAAGUGCUCGAGGGGUUGAAUACCUGAUGCUGACCCCGGAUCGCUGUUUGAUCUUUCCCUCGGUUGACUACGUCAGAAAUUUAGUUACUAAAUACAGCAGCCGCGUACGCAGCAUCGAGACACCGGUUGUUAUAGACUGUACGCAUAUUUACGGGGCUGAUUUCACAGCCGCCAAAGUCAUUGAGAGUUUGACAAGGGAUUUUGCAGCCAGGGGACAGCCCUUGUUUUUCUACAAUUUGAAACCAUCGGUUCACGCCGUUUUCGAGGGCGUUGCACCGACUGAUUUUGUCGUAUAUUAUACACAGUCGGCUCUCGACGAUCUUCUCAAGCAAAGCGAGCCUCCAAAAUUACCAAAAGAAUUUUCUGCCGCCUGAAAAGGACGCAAAUUGCGGGCUCACAGACAGAGAGCCUAUGGUAAGUAUUGUUAACUGGAUGUCUGCGAGAUCGAUGAGGAAAAAUAAAAUCAUGAUGAUGACGAUGAUCCAGAUGUAGUAUCGAUUUCUUGUUCGGACAUGCAUGUUUUUACUCUUUGGUGAAGCAUAAAACGGAAUGAAAAAAAUUUCGGAAUGCUAUUGAGGGAAGAAUGAUGUAAGGCUCAACCUCUGCAUGUAUAGUAUAUUAAUUAAUACAGCACGUAACUUUGUCAAUAAGAAUCGAAUUCAAUAUCGACUCUCCGUAUAAUGUAAUAGGCAUAAUAAACGAGUAUAAUUUACAUUUUUAAAUUUACUGCGCAGCGUUAUAAGCUGCCAAACAUGUAUAUCAGAACUCUGAUCAGCAAUUUAAUAACAUCCGAAACUUAUUGCGCGUAUUUUCUCAGGAAAAAACCUUCACUUUUCACAUCUAAAGUUCAAUUUCAAUUUCAUCGUCGUUAAAAAUUAUCCUUGAUAAUUUAAUACAGAUAUAAUAUUGUAAAUUAUCCUCGUUACUUUACAGGGAAUUUUAUUUAAUGUUUUUAAUUCGUUCGCCUGACGCCUUGUGCUGUUUAAAUUCUAAAAAUAAUUUAAAACCACAGGUGUAGGUAUUCCGUGUACACGGUCGUGUUCGAAAUUUCCGGGAAGAGCGUGAAAUUAAAAAAAAUAAAUAAAUAAAAAUAGUGCGAAUAAAUUAUUAUGAAAAAGCGCUGCACGUCAAAAUUUGUAAACGAAAUACCUCUUCCGGUUGUAAUUAAAUUUUCCAUUUUAAUUCCUGCACUUUUCACAAUUGCAGGUUCAUACUAUCGGCCGAUAAUAAUGAUGAUUAUAGUAAUGGUAAUAAACAAAAGCAGUAUUAACCUGUACAAUUAUUUAAGCGCAAAUUGUAAUUAAAUCGAUGUUGUUAUGUAGGUAGCAUGUUGUUGUAAAUCAUAAUCUUUUACAGUAUGUUUUGUUUCAGUCGGGAAUAAAUUACGGUAAUUAGACAAGUUUAACGAUACAUAAUUCCGAACAAAAAAUUGCAACAAAACAUGUUGUAAAAGAAAUAUGCAUGAAAUUAUUUAGCAAUAGUUGUAUUGAAUAGGUGCAUAGAUUUACAUACAAAUAAAUAUAAAUAUAAGUACUUACCUCAUUAUGUCUAGACAUCAUGAUUUCAGAAACGCCAUGUAUAUUCAUAUCGUACAGUUAUGCACUUUGUUUCAAUUUUUCGCGUUAUUAUUAAACUUCAAUAUUAAUAUAAAUGGUAUGGUGAUAAUUAAUGUAUAAAUAUUGCUCGCUCAAAGCAUUUACUGCGUAGAAUCGUGUUCUUGAUGUGUAAAAUUUAUAGUGACCUGCAUGUGGGAAAAAAAUCAACAAAAAAUGAAACUUAUAGAAAUUUAAUGAAUCGUGAGAAGCUGCGGUAAAAUAUACAUGGUGAUACAUUUAUUGGAUUACUUAAUUUUAUUGGCAGCAUGUACAUAUUAUACAUAUACUAAUAAAUUAAUGAAUACUACUGUGAUAAUUUUAUAUAAGGAAAGAAGGAAAAAAAAACUGAUCAAAAAAUCAGUGAGUAAAUGAAUAAAU